UUACGCCAUGGCAUCUUCUGCUCCAUUGUGCCACUUCUCACUUCUUCUGCUCAUCUUCAACCUUCUCCUUGGCCUCAACUCAGCUCAUCUCUCAAUGAAUUUUUACUCUAAAACAUGUCCCCACGCACUCUCCAUUAUCAAAACCACGGUCUACAAUGCCGUCAAGUUACAGCCUAGAAUGGGCGCAUCCUUGCUUCGUUUCCAUUUUCACGAUUGUUUUGUUAAUGGGUGUGAUGCAUCGAUCUUGCUGGAAGACACAGCUACUUUUAUUGGAGAACAGACCGCUGCUCCAAAUAACAACACACUUAGAGGUUUGAAUGUGGUAGACGAUAUUAAAACUCAGCUCGAGGAAUCUUGUGCCGGUGUUGUGUCUUGUGCUGAUAUUCUGACUGUUGCUGCUAGAGACUCAGUCGUUGUGCUUGGUGGCCCUACUUGGAAUGUUUUAUUAGGUAGAAGGGACUCAACCACUGCAUCUAAAGAUGAUGCCAAUACCAACCUUCCUGCACCAGAUUCCAGUCUAGAUAAGCUCAUUUCUUCCUUUGCCAUCAAAGGUUUUACUGCCAGGCAAAUGGUUGCUCUCUCAGGAGGUCACACGAUUGGAAAGGCUGGUUGUGCUACUUUUCGAAACCGUCUCUACAACGACAGCAUUAUAGAUCCCUCCUAUGCAAAAUGGUUACAAUCAAUAUGUCCCCAAAGUGGAGAUGAUAGAAGCCUCGCUCCACUAGACAUCACCAGUCCGACCUCCUUUGACAACUCUUACUUUAAGAAUUUACAAUGUAAGAAGGGGUUGUUGUACUCUGAUCAACAAUUGUUUAGCGGUGGACUCACGGACUCCAUAGUUGAAAAGUAUGUUUCACAUCCUGCCAAGUUCGCAAAAGACUUUGCUAAAGCUAUGGUGAAAAUGAGUAAGCUCAGCCCUCUUACCAGAACUAAUGGAGAGAUCAGAAAGGAUUGCAAAAAGAUCAAUUAUUAUUAGUA